AAAAGGCUGAAUGCGUUUGAACUGCCAUAUGUGAGUCUCUGGAGCCUGCAGGAUGAGAACUGCAAAAUAAUGAUCAGGAAAAAUUACUUGGAUCCAUCGGAAAAUAAAAUACUCAUGCAAAGUAGUGGUGGUGUCUCGUUAUUAUACAGCCAGGCUGCAUACGAGCUGGAUCAAGGCUGGGCCAGUCCUACUGAGGAGCAAUACCAGCAGCUGAAAGCUUUCCAAGAUGCAGAAAUGAAGACAGAGUUCCUUGAAACUAUAGAGAAAGUAAAGUUCUAUGGGUAUGUACUGUUUGAGGCCUGCACCUGUGAUUACCCAGAACCCAACUGUCCUUCUGUUGUUCGGGUGGGCAAUGAUGAGAUUAAUUGCUGCAUCCAGUUACCAAGUAACGAGAUCAAGGAAGUCAGCUUCAAAGUCAACAGAAUAAGAUGCUGGAAAAUCAGUCUGCAGGUACAAGAAGAAACCGAACUGAAACCGAAACUGAGUUUUGAAUAUCAAGAUAGUCCCGAUUUCGGGCAAUGGAUUACAAUUUACACUUACCAGGCCUUUCUACUUAGUAGAUGCAUACAAGAAAUUGUAACAGAGAAACUGAAGGUAUCUGCAGGAUACACAGAAAUGCAGAUUGAAAAUGCAAAAUCAGAAUAUAGGACCACACCCUGGGGCUCGCUGACUGCUUUGAGUAAACAUUCUGGAGUUGUGCUGCAGAAAAAGUUACUCAAGACAUAACCCAGAGAAAGCAUAUUUGAAUAAAUCGCUGAUGCAGACUUGUGACCACAGAGUCCUAAAGUGCAACUUUAACACACUUGAUUGCACAAUCGCCUAUUUGGCUUGAUUACAUUUGAAGUGGAUCUGCUUUUUUAAAAUUUAACAGAAACGUUUAUUUUAGGAGCUUUAAUCCCCCUGUUGGGAAGCCAUAAACCAUCUGUUUUGGGUUUGGUUCAGUCUGAGCUAUUUUGACUUUUCUCUGUUUAAAUGCACAUUGAGGAUUUCUGUGCAAUGGAUUUUUCUACAAUGUGAGUGUAAUUUCUGUGAAUUCAGAUUAAAUAUCACUGGGAAUGCAA